UCCUAUUCCCAAAAAAUUCUCAAACAGCCGCCAUAGGGUUCCGCAGCUUCUGCAACCGAUGACAAUAAUUAUCUUCGACUCAUCAGAUUGAAAAAUUCGUUCUCCUACGUCUAAAAUCUUAGAAAUCAAAUAGGAACCGCCAUUUUUACGGACAGCCAUAAAAAAACUAUGAGUACCUUUUUUACCAUUUUGCUAUAAAGCCCUAAAAUGUCUAAUUUUCUUCUAUGGUAGUAUUAUGAUACUCUGUAGUUGACUCAGGCUUGCGCCUGAUGUCACUGUCAGCUGUUCGAUCAGCUGUGUUUGUACGUAAUUGUCAUUAAAUUGUCAAAUUAUACCAUUUUUUAUCGCAAAGUCGUAAAUAUCUGCAUUAUUAGAAAAUUUAUGAUCACCAGGGCAUUUUCGUUUGUAUUGUGCUUUUACCAAUUUAUGGCUUGGAGAUCGCACGGAGCAAAUAAUGAAGAUUUGGUCAGGCAAUUGAGAUCGCAUAACAUCAUUAAAAGUGAUGUGGUAGAAGAAACUAUGCUGAAAGUUGAUAGGGGUCAUUACUGUAAAAAUAAUCCGUAUAUCGACGAACCCCGAAGCAUUGGUUAUGGGGUAACCAUAAGUGCUCCCCAUAUGCAUGCUCACGCUUUAGAAUUGCUUAAAGACAAGUUAAAACCUGGCGAAACAGCUUUAGAUGUAGGUUCUGGGAGUGGGUACCUAACUGCAUGCAUGGCCAUAAUGUUAGGAAAAGAUGGAGUAGCUGUGGGAAUUGACCAUAUAGCUGAAUUGGUUGAAAUGUCUAAAGAAAAUAUGAAAAAAGGAAAUCCAGACUUAUUAGAGUCUGGAAGAGUUAAAUUGAUGGUAGGAGAUGGUCGUAAAGGUGUACCAGAAUUUGCCCCGUACAAUGCUAUUCAUGUUGGUGCUGCAGCUCCUAAAGUUCCGGAAGUUUUAAUAGAUCAAUUAAAGGUGGGGGGUCGCCUUAUAAUUCCGGUUGGCCCAUCUCCUGGCUAUCAACAACUGGAGCAAAUUGAUAAAAUGGAAGAUGGUACUAUACAGCGUACACCCCUGAUGGACGUUUUGUAUGUACCUCUUACAGAUGAAGCCAGUCAGUGGCCGAAACAUCAGUGACUAAAAAUUUUAGGGCUUGGCGCCAUCACCCUAGUAGCAUUGAUUAUUAGUUCGAAGUUAUUCUCACUAUUAUAAUAUUUAUUUUUUGAAACUUGCAUGCUAUUUUAACCUGAGUAACAUUUGCAAUUUUAAUUGUUUUAAUUAAUUUAUUUUAUUUAUUUCCGCUGUAAUUUAAUAGGUAAAAAUAAAUCAGUUGUAUGUUAAGAUAGGUGAGCACAAAACAAUUGUUUCUGUUGAAGCAAAAUUUCAUAUGUAUUUAAUAACACAUUGUGCAUAUAUAAACUUAACAGAGAAUGUAUCCUUUAAUUAGUUCCGUGUCAAUUACGUAUAACAAUUGUUUGUCUUCCUCAUUCAUUGUAAUUGUAUUAAUAUUUUUUUAAGACGACAAAUUAUUUAUUACAAAUGGAUAUUUGAAUUUAGUGCUGACAAGUCGGAAUUGUAUAUUUUCUAGUCAUUGUGUAUUAAAUUGUUUUUAAAGCAG